CUUCCUUCCUUCCUUCUCCAUCACUGGGUGGUUUUCAAGAAGAGAUUGGAUGACCAUUUGUGUGUAAUGGUAUAGGGGUCUCCUACUUGAGUGGGGGGUUGUUUGGACUAGAAGAUCUUCCAAAGUCCCUUCAAACGCUGUUAUUCCGUUAUUCUACCUCGCCUGCCUUUCCCUGUUGUCCUUUUGCAAAUUCUCUUUAUUGGAGAAGACCAUCUGAUCGCCCCUUUCAGUCAUCUUGGUUUUUUUUUUUCAUUCCUCCUUUGACCUCCCUACCCAUCGUCCCCAGACAUGGCCCUUUUUUCCCCCUCGCAGGUAGCCUUGAUCUGCAAAGCUCUGCAGGAGAGCGGUGCGUUUGAGCACCUGUCCCGUUUGCUCUGGGCUCUGCCACCUUCGCUGACCUCGGGUCAUCUCCAACGCUUGAGAUGUUCUCCCAACAGGGAUCAUGGGCUGGAGAUCCUGGGCCCACCAUCCCUUCGGGAACUGCCCCUGAUGGGCUCCCAGCCCUUGGGAGACCCAAGAUCGAUCCAUCUUGGAGAUCCCUUCCUUGAAUUUCCAUCCCAAGGCUCACCUGUCUGGAGAAGUGGCUCUCACCUGCCAGGAACUUCGGCCCAAUACGGCAAACAGAAAGCCAACAGAAUCAAGACCUUGGAUCCUGUGGAUCGCCGGCGGUGGGAAGCGAUUGAAGGGGGCGCCAUGGCUUAUCCCCCUGGAUAUGGGGGUCCAGGCUCCAAGCAUAGGACCAGGAACCCCCCUGUGCCACAAUCUCCAGAUGCCCCCCAACUUUUCGAUGACACCAGUUCGGGCUACGGGGUGCCCCAGGCGGGAUAUCCCCCACCUGGGAUUGACAUGAGCUUCAACCAGAUAUUUGCUGACCCGGUUGCUAACGUCGCCAUGGCUUAUGGCUCCUCCAUUGCGUCCCAGGGGAAAGACAUCGUCCAUAAAGAGAUUCACAGAUUUGUUUCUAUCAACAAGCUUAAAUACUUCUUUGCGGUGGACACCACAUACGUGAUGAAAAAAUUAGGUUUAUUAGUCUUCCCUUACGUGCACCAGAAUUGGGAAGUUCGUUAUCAUCGCGAUAUUCCUCUGACUCCUCGGCAGGACGUCAAUGCUCCCGAUCUUUAUAUUCCUAGUAUGGCUUUCAUUACAUAUAUUUUGCUGGCUGGAAUGGCACUCGGGAUACAGAAACGAUUUUCCCCGGAGGUUCUUGGGAUGUGCGCCAGCACGGCCUUCGUGUGGAUGGUGAUCGAAGUUCUCGCCCUUCUCCUGGGUCUGUACCUUGCUACGGUCCAAAGUGAUUUGGGCACGUUUGACCUUCUGGCUUACUGCGGCUACAAAUAUGUUGGGAUGAUCCUCACUGUGGUCGGGGGCUUGGUUUUUGGUCUCAACGGCUACUACAUCGCUCUGGCGUGGGCCUCCUGUUCCCUUAUGUAUUUCAUGGUUCGCUCUUUACGGAUGAAGAUCCUCACUUCCGUGGUGCAAGACGGACUGAGUCGGACUACCGGCCGGGCGCAGAUGUACGUCACGCUAGGUGCCGCUGCCUUCCAGCCGUUAGUUUUGUACUGGUUGACGGCCCAGUUGGUGCAUUAAACGGAGAUGAGACUUUGGGGCGCAGUUCCUCCUUUUUUCCCAGUUUUGGUUUUCUCACCCCCUCCCAAAUUUCACCACUCCUCCGAGUUCUGUCUCUUCCAGGCCCCCCUCCCCCAAAAUUCCAGCGUGGGGGGGCUUUCCACGGGGGAGGACAAGCGGGGAAUCCAUCCCCUUGGAAGAAUGAAGCGAAAGGCAGUGGGUCAUUCGCACUCGGGACUUUCCCGCCCAGGAGCAGCGGAAGCCGGCCAGCUGUCCGAGUUGACGCUUGUCCACAACUCCGAAAUCUGUGUAUCCCCCCCCUUUUUUUUUAAAAAAAAAAAAGGGGGGGGUAGAUUUGGGGGGUCUUAACUUGUAGAGACAGUUCUUCAACUUGGGAUUUAACUUGAGUUGGUUGAGUUUUGAUCCUUUCUCGCACAAAAUACGGAUUUUCUGUCUCCACUGGUGGUCUUGCCAAGAUUGUGUAUUUAGAAUGGUGUUGUUGUUUUUUUGUUGCUUGAACAUGGGCGGACUUCAACUCCCAGGAUUCUCCGGCCAGCAUGCUUAGAUGAAUGGACUUCAAGUCCCAGCAUUCCAUGCUGACUGGGAAGAAUUCUGGGAGAUGUAGUCCACCCAUCUCCCAAGCGCCUAAAGUUGAGAAGGAACGAUCUAGAACAAAUCCAGUAUUUUUCAACCUCGGGUUCUUAAAGAUGGGUGGACUUCAACUCCCAGAAUUCCGUGGCCAGCAUGCUUGAAGAUGGAUGGACUUCAAGUCCCAGCAUUCCAUGCUGACGGAGGAAUUCUGGGAGAUGUAGUCCACCCAUCUCCCAAGCGCCUAAAGUUGAGAAGGGCCGAUCUAGAACAAAUCCAGUAUUUCUCAACCUCGACUGUUUGAAGAUGGGUGGACUUCAACUCCCAGAAUUCCCUGGCUAGCAUGCUUGAAGAUGGAUGGACUUCCAAGUCCCAGCAUUCCAUGCUGACGGAGGAAUUCUGGGAGUUGUAGUCCACCCAUCUUCGGAGCGGCUUAAGGUUGAGAAGCACCAAUCUAGAAAAAAUAUUUUUCAAUAUUGAAAUAUUCAAUAUUCUUGGUUACUUGAAGAUGGGUGGACUUCAACUCCCAGAAUUCCACGCUGGCUGAGGAAUUCUGGGAGUUGAAGUCCCCUUAUUUUCCAAGCAGCUGAGAUUGAGAUGCAUUGAUCAAGAACUAAUCCAGCAUUUCUCAACCUCGCCCGCUUGUAGAUGAGUGGACUUCAACUCCCAGGAUGCCCCAGCCAGCGUGCUUGAAGAUGGGUGGGACUUCAAGUCCCAGCAUUCCAUGCUGACUGAGGAAUUCUGGGAGUUGUAGUCCACUCAUCUUCCAAGCGCCUAAAGUUGAGAAGCGCUAAAAUCCAGUUUGGCUCUACAUUGCUGGAAAGCGACAAAAGAUGGAACGGUAGAGACGAAAAAAACAAUAUUUUAAAAUUUGAAGUGUUAAAAAGAGUUUUUUGAGUGGGAUGAGGAUGGGAAGAUAUUCCGUUUUCGAUUUUUUUUUUUUCUACGAUCACUUCCUGGAGAGAUUUUGGGUUUCCUUGCAAGCAUGAUAAAAGUUUAUAAAACUCUGCGAUGGGCAGAACAAAAAUU